AUUUUAUUUUCAUCCCGAAUUUACCCCGGAGUUUAAAGUGUGUAAAAUGUAAUGAGUGUGAUAAAUGAGGCAGUCAGUGGUCGAGAGGAUUAAGAUUUUCACUGAUUUUUCAGUCCAGGAGCCUGAAAAAGGGUUUGACUUAUUGGGGCAUGACUGGCUAUUAGUGGAUUUCAAUAAUGUGGAGAGUUUGGUCAAGGUGUAGCAAUGCCCAACAAUGGGAAUGUGGAGAGAAAGAGAGGAAGAAAACCAACAAGGAGCUAUUAAUAACGCAAAUGCAAACUUGGCGAUUAAAUGAGAGUUUUGUGGAUUAUAGUACAUUCGAUUUUUGUCGAUUAAAUGAUUUUUUGCGACGAUGAAAUCUUGUGAUUUCUUGGACGAUUUUAACCCCUUAUGCCGCAGUUUGGAGUGCGAAGGUUGUAGAAAUUUCUGAAAUUUUUAUAAUCCCUUCGAACGAGGAGAAGGACGCUAAUUAUACUGCGGAAUAGUGGAGGGCCUGGCGGCAGGUGAUUCCAGGUGGUGGUCACUGCCAUUAGAGCGAUGUCAUCCUGUCAUGUAAAUGUCCCUCUUCUUGGUCGGUGGCUUCCUUUUGUUGUCGGUGGUCUCCGUCGUGUGCUGGGGAUUUGAUGGGCGAGCAAAUUGACCACUGUCCAGUCACCGCUUGACAAAUGUCGUCUCGUGUCAUUACUUAAGUCUCCUCGUUCGUGGUGACAUUGCACCAUUUUCUGCCCUAAUAGAUAGAUAUCGAGGGAAAGAGAUGACAUAUGUCCCAUUGCAAGCAGAUUAGAGAGAAAUUUAGGUUUCUCAUCUGCAUCAGAGUUGUGGUUGUGACGAUGAUAAUGGCACAUUUUCCAUGUCACUGUUUAAAUUCGUCCUUAGUUGUCACGGUCCUCGUAUCUGUUUGGUUUGGCAGGGCAUAAAUAUGUACAUACGUUCGGGACGGAGGAGAGCCGGUCAUGAAAAUGUAAUUUGUAUGACAUACAUAUGGAUGGGUAUUAUUCGAUGAGGAAAUUGAGAAGCAAAUCUAAAAAUGACCAGGAGUUACUUAAUCCGGUUAAUGCUUCCCGAGUGAGCCUUCCAGGGAUUGAGAUUUAAAUAACUUUUCAUAUCGUCUUUUUUUGGACAUAAAGACAAGAUACGAGAUAUGACACUUUUAGCGUGUGCCUUCCUUCUCCCUCUACGUAUCUCACUAUUCAACCACUGGAAUUAUUGAGGUGACUUUAAGGGACGAGCUGGAGUUCAUGCAGCAUUAUCCCAUUGACUCUUCACCUGUCAACUUCUCCAGCAAAGUCUCCUCUCCAAGUUACAAUUUUGUCUCGCUUUCCUCACCGUUCCUUUAAAUUUGAAACUUUCAUAGUCUCGUGUUAAUACAUACAGUGACACAAUAGUCAAUUGCUAGUGACUCUAAGUUAAGAUAAGCUAGAAGCAGUGCAUUUAGAGAGGAAGUGGGCAGUGAUAAAUGGUGAUAAUGGUCCCGACGCGUCAAAAUUCGGUCAUCCUCGCACUCCCGGUGGACUCUUAUCGAAUCGAGUUCAAUCCCAAGACGGGAAAAGAGAUGCUUAUCUGCAUGCACGACUCCUGCAGGUAUCGGACGGACAAAAAUUCCAAUUUUAAGCGUCACUUGGCCACUAUGCACCAACUUUUGGAGGCUGCCCGGACCUGUUGCGAAGAGAGGUUUCUUACAAAGUUUAACCUCACCCACCACAACAAAACCGUCCACAAGAAUGGUUACAAGUGUACGACGUGUUCCAAGGAGUUCACCAGGAAUGCGCUAUUGCUGCGACACCAGUUGACCCACUCGGGAAAAAAGCCAUGGGGUUGUACCCUGUGCAUAUACAGGUCCAUCAGCAAGGGGAACGUCCAGCGACAUGGGGAAAAGGUCCACAACAUGCUCAUUAAACCACAAGAAAUGGUCCAUGCCACCUCGACUCUUCAUCCUCUUCUCUCCGUGGCCUCAGGGUCAUCCUCCAGAUCAAUCGUGACUCCAGAACCAGAAGAAGUGGUCGUUCCGUCCUCGUCUCGUCACUUUCUCUCCGUGGCGUCUGGGUCAUCCGGGAACGAGCCUCCGAAACCACAAGUGGUGGUAAAUUCCCCAAAAGACGACAGUUCGCCCUUGCCCCCGCUCAUCAGUCACUCAAUUGACUCCAUGCUACACAAACCCCCGGAAAUUGUCCUUCCGUCACCAGCAAACAACGAGGACACAAUAAAUGUGUCCAAUUCGACACGGCAUUCACCACCAGUCUGGAAAAGGGAAGGGCUGGGCUCUAACUUUUUCUCUUGCAGCUCGUGGGUCUUGUCUCAAAAGCAGCAGCAACAGCAAGGCUUGAAUGGGAUGGGAAUGGUGAUGACAGGACACCAGCAGUGCUUGGAUUUGCGUCUCCCAAGGGAGGAGACACGCCGGAUUUUCAAGUCGGAUGGACAAGUUCCGGGUUAUUUUUUACAUGGGUUCUUCUUAAAUGGGCCACCACCACCACGGUUUGUCGAAGAAGUCACAACGAACAAGAAGGUGCUUAAAAGAGGAAAUAACUCUUGUGAUAAGGAAAAAGUUCACUACUUACCAAAGAAACUGAGAGUGAGCAAACAGUACAAAGAUUGCAUGUAAAAACCAUAAGAUUUGGACUGGAUUUGGUUGACGAUGUAGUGACUUCAAUUUAAUUGAUAUUUUUUUAUGUAUCUUGAGUAAUGCUUAAUUUAUUCACAAUAUAAAAGCAUGCAGUUGGAAGAUCUAAUUUUGCUAAUCUACUUUUGUGGAUUUUACGUAUGUUUCUAUUAUUCAAAAUUUCUAGUAUGUUAGUGCAUUAUAAAAUAUUAAAAAAAUAAAAAAUAUUUUUUUUGUGCAAACAAAAAA